AGGGCAGGCAUGCCAUUACAAUAUAGUAGCUCCAAAGUGCAAACCAUGUGACAGAUCAAACACAAACCCCCAAUAUUAUAGUCGAAUUGAACAACAUGAGCUCCUUCCUUGUACUAGUACUACUACUUGUGUUGUGGGCAGUACUAGGUUGUUUUGCUCCUAUGGCCACAUCAGAAAGUAAUUACCCCAUAGCCAAACCCAACUGCGAUGAUCAUUGUGGGAACGUAACCAUCCCAUUUCCCUUUGGUCUGACCCAAGGUUGUUAUCUAAACUCAGCCUUCUUGAUCCAUUGCAACACUACCACUAAUGGAUCUCGUAAGCCAUUUCUAAAAGACAGUGAUAUAGAGGUGAAAACAAUUUCAGUUGAAGGACAGUUGAGCGUUAUGAACAGCGUGGCUGAAAGUUGUGACGAAGAAGUCCCGUACAGCUGGGCUUGGAUCAGGUUUGCAAAUUUCUACGUUAACCAGACUGCCAAUAAGUUUGUCGCUGUGGGUUGCAACACUAUUGCCACUGUCGCCGGCUACGACAACGAUGAACGCUCUUACCAAACAGGUUGUAUAGCCUCCUGUCGCCGCUUAGAAGAUGUGGUGAACCAGACUUGCUCGGGAAUCGGGUGUUGCGAGACCACCGACAUUCCUAUCUUGGCCAGGAACAUUAAUUUUACAUUGAAAGCCAUGACGCCAAAUCAGUAUACAGACAAAGUUCUUAACUGCAGCUACGCGUUCGUGGUGAAAAAGGAUGAGUUCAACUUUUCGUCGGAUAUGCUUACGACCAAAUGGAAAGUCGAGGAACUGCCCAUGGUAAUUGAUUGGGUCAUUUUCAACGAGACGUGCAGUAACUCUAGCGGCACAUGCAAAGGUAAUACCACUUGUGAAAAAUAUGAAGGUCCGGAAGGUGGAUACCGAUGCGCUUGUAAGAAGGGUUACCAAGGUCAUCCAUAUCUUGAUCCAGGUUGCCUAGAUAUUGAUGAAUGUUCAAAUGGAGAAAACACCUGCUCCAAAAACGCCACUUGCUUCAAUACACAAGGCAGUUAUUCGUGCCAUUGCAACGAAGGUUACCGUGACGAUGACAAUGGUGGCUGCGAAUUACUUAUUAAAGAUGAAUGCAAAGAAAAUGGAAAAGGAUGUCAUUCGUCUAACAGAGUGAACAUGAUUGCUUUGGGUGCGACUUUAGGUACUAUAAUGCUGCUGGUCAUUUGUUUUUCUCUAUACUUGGCAUAUCGACAAAGGAAAUCAGUACAGAGGAGAGAGAAAUUCUUUAGGGACAAUGGAGGAAUGAUUCUGCAAAAAAGGAUUGAUCAAGGUAGUGCAUCUUCUGGCACAACAAGAAUUUUCACUGCCGAAGAGCUUAAAAAAGCCACCAACAACUAUGACCAAAGUAGAAUUAUUGGUCAAGGAGGUUUUGGCAUUGUCUAUAGAGGACACCUUCUUGAUGGCAGAAUAGUAGCAGUUAAAAAGGCCAAGAUGAUGGACCCAGCCCAAGUCGAGCAGUUCAUCAAUGAGGUAAUUGUGCUCUCACAAAUCAAUCACAGAAACAUAGUUAAACUCUUUGGUUGUUGCUUAGAGACAGAAAUUCCAUUAUUAGUUUACGAGUUCAUAAGCAAUGGGACGUUGUCUGAGCAUCUACACAACAAAGACAAGGCAUCGAAAAUAUCUUGGUCAACCCGAUUAAGAAUAGCAACAGAAACAGCCGAGGUCCUCUCUUAUUUGCACUCUUCAGCUUCUCCCCCCAUCAUCCAUAGAGAUGUUAAAUCUGUAAAUAUUCUCCUAGAUGAUGAUUGCACUGCCAGGGUAUCCGAUUUUGGUGCAUCAAGAUUAGUCCCUCAAGAUCAAACUCAAUUGACAACAAUGGUGCAAGGAACAUUUGGUUAUCUAGAUCCCGAGUACUUACAAACCAACCAUUUAACAGAAAAGAGUGAUGUUUAUAGUUUCGGAGUUGUGCUUGUGGAGUUGCUAACGAGUAGGAGGGCUCUAUCUUUUGAGGGUCCAGAGAAAGAGAGACAUCUAUCUCAGUAUUUCCUUUCAUUGUUGAAAGAGAAUAAUAUAUUCAAAAUUCUUGAUGCCAACAUUGUAUGCGAUGGAAACACUGAAGAGUUACAAGAGGUUGCCUUGCUUGCGAAAAGGUGUUUGAAUGUGAAGGGAGAGGAUAGGCCAACCAUGAAAGAAGUUGCAGUGGAACUAAGUGGAUUGAGGAGAGCAGCAAAACAUCCAUGGACCAAUAAUUUAGAAACUUCAAUUGAAUCAGAAGCUUUACUUACUGCGCAACCAGUUCCCUUUGGAUAUAAUGCUACUUUCAGUAUAUCAACAUCUGAAUAUGAUAGUUUAAAACAUCAUAUGGAGCUUCCCACAGCUGCUGGAAGAUAAUUGCAUCCAAUUCAUCUCAACAAAUUAGCCAUCCGCCAGUCGUCACUCGUGGGAAUGGAACCCCGGGUUAUCCCAAGAUUCUCCUCCACAAAGAGAGUUCACUUGUCACUUCAGCUACCCCGUUGGGUUAUUUUAAUUGUUGUUUCUAAUAACGUUUGCUAAUGUCUUAGGAACAAGUUUAGUAUAAUUUGAAUUACUCUAGGGCAUGACAAUCCAUGAGAAAUUCAAAACCUAUUUUUUCUCUCUA